AUGCAACUCACCAACAUCUUCGCAACCUUCGCCGUGCUACUCGCCACGGGCAGCAACCUCGUCCAAGCAGGAUGCUACAAAAGAGGCGAAAAGAUCGACGCAAGUGUUGCACUUGAACACGCCACCAGAGCCUGCAAAGGUUAUGAGGAAGGAGGACAACAAAAGGCCGGCGUCCUCCAGGGGUUUUUUGACGCGGAAGCAAAGAAAACCGGCUGCAUGAACAUCAACGAUGCCAGGAGACAUAUCGAGUAUGAAGUUAAGAAUACGAAUAAGAACUCUGGCUUCGACUUGGACGACGGUGAUUGUGUGACCGGGUUUAGUAUGCUCAUCAAUGAUUGUGACAGGGGUGGAGACCAUGAGGGCACUGGCUGGUUUUUCCGCGUCGACCCACAAGCUGGGGCAUGCUAG